UCUACUUUCUAGUAUCUGUCUCUAGGGUUUUGUUGAGAGCUUUCAACUCUGCGCCACAUUCGCCGGAAACUUGCUUCUUGCCCGAGCUAUUCCGCCGAUCCAGCCAUGAUCAUUUCCGAGAAGAACCGCAGAGAGAUCUCAAAAUACCUCUUCCAAGAGGGUGUGUUGUAUGCUAAGAAAGACUACAACUUGGCGAAACAUCCGUUGAUUGAUGUGCCGAAUCUCCAAGUGAUUAAGCUGAUGCAGAGCUUCAAGUCGAAGGAGUACGUUAGGGAGACCUUCGCUUGGAUGCACUACUACUGGUACCUUACUAAUGACGGCAUUGAGUUCCUCAGGACUUACCUCAACCUUCCAUCUGAGAUCGUCCCCGCAACUCUCAAGAAGUCCGCCAAGCCUCUUGGCAGGCCCAUGGGUGGCCCUCCUGGAGCACGUGGACCACCAAGAUUUGGUGAUGGCGAGAGGAGGUUUGGUGACAGGGAUGGAUAUCGCAGUGGCCCAAGAGGAGGUCCACCUGGUGAGUUUGGAGGCGAGAAGGGUGGAGCUCCAGCUGAUUUCCAGCCAUCGUUCAGGGGUUCUGGUGGAAGGCCUGGGUUCGGUCGCGGAGCAGGAGGCUUUGGUGGUGGUGCUCCCCCAAGUUCUAGCUUCUCUUAAAUGAAUGCCUCAUUUUGUAGGGUUUUAAACUUUUUAUUAGUUAUCCCAAGUUAGAGAAUCAGAUAUUUGGAAAGUUGAAAUUACUUGGUUAUAUAUUCAAUAGUUGUUCUACAACUUAUGGUUUGUUCUGUUUGCUACAAUAUAUAACAUUGAACUGUGCAAUUUACAGCGUUUUUUGUGUGUUUUUAAA